AUGAACUAUAAAGCAAUACUGACAACCAGCCCCAAUGACCUCUAUUACCAACAAGAUUUCAAGACAUUCCGCCAAGAGGUAAAAGAGACUCCGGAGAAUCGGCAGUCACGGUCGCGAUCAGCGACACCUCCGGCCGAACAGAACGACGCGAGCUAUGCAGAGGAAGACUGGUCUUCGCCAGCUUCUGGUGAAAAUAAAUUACGGCCCGCUGGGGAUGUCAUCAACCGUAUUCGAUGGGAUCCAGCGUGUGAUCCCAGCGACUAUGUUAUCGUGAUUCUUGACCGGUUCGAGGGUGAACUAGUUGUGGAAUUCAAUGCGUGGAAGAGAGAGUCAACCCAUGAAGAGUUCAUUCCACAGCAUCGCGUGUUGUACAUCAAGACUACCAAUGGUGACGUGGUCUGGGAUCGCCGCAGGCGCAUUGACAAGAUCUUUCAUAGUGGUAACUCGGCAUUCAAGGAGCUGGCGUUUCUCUCCUGA